CUUUACAAGGUGUUCCUCUUCUUAUGCCCACUGUCUCAACUCUGUGUAUACACAUCAAUUGAUCUGUCUCAGCCACAUCAUCAAAUUUGUCUAUAACUAUCUUUUUCUUUUAAUAUCUAUUCUUUUUAUUUGCUUACCUUUAUGAUGCAAACUUGCGGUUUUUAAUUUAUCCUAUUUUAAUUGCUUGUCCGUAAGUUCAUACCUAGAAGAAAAGAAAAUACGCCUUUGUUUGUUUAUUUACUAUUUGGGUUGUCGUAUUUCAAGAAAGGUUAAUUGCAUCGUGACAGUUGGAAGGGAAUGUACUCCUUUACCGAUUUUGAUUCUUCAUAACACUAUUUGUUUGUUAGUUGCUUUCGUUGUGGUAGUCAAAUUUUCGCAGAUAUUGGUUCCUAUAAAUAGUCCUGAGCUUUUUUCCUGGUAUACUGCUGAAAUCGCUUGUCUUCUUUUUGCUUACCGCCUUGCGUUUCGUUCAGGUUUGUAAUUGUCAUUUUUAUUGUUUCGCUUCUUGAAGCAUCUUGAUAAUAUUUCUUCAUAUUUUGUUCUGUAUGCGCUUUACUUCUGUUCUUUCCACCUCAUGCGAAAUUCGAAAGCUUCUUCUUACAUAGACUCCCCUCAUUCUCACCCUUCCUCUACGGCUGUUCCCACUAUCCAAGUGAACAGUGAUUCCUUGUCAGCUCGUUAUGAACCGUUUACACCCUCUCCUCUCUCUCAUACCGCUCUCCCUCACGUUCCUCCUCCUCCCUCUAAAUCGCAUUCCAACCUUUCCGCUGCUCAACCACCGCUCGCUCGUACCUACGAUGAUCCUCACCACUACGGUCGUCCUUCGGGUACACCGAUCCCUCGUACAAAAUCCUCCCCCAGUAUUCUCUCACAGCAUACCUCGCCUUCUCGUUCCCGCCGCAGUAACUUGAAGUUUGAAAUUGGGGAUAGACCUGAUUCUAGAAAUUCAUCUUCUAAUUCUUCUAAUGAAUCUUCAUCCAAUGUUCCCCAUUCUUCUCAGUUGCAGUCUUCUGAUCAUUCAAAACAUCCUCGGUUUAUAUGUCCAGAACCCGUCUCGAACUUACGGCAGGGCCAAAACCCUCUUUCUCUUCAUGAACCAGAGACUCAGCAGUCUUCUAGCAGCCUCCAUGGUCAGUCUUAUUCACCCGAAUCCUCUCACCCUUCAGAUCCUUUACCAGAACCCAGAAUUAUGCAAUCAGACAAAGAUCCUCUACCGGAUAUUCAAAAGCCAUCAGCAAAACUAUCUAAAAAGCGUUUUAAGCAAUUUUGGCGUCAAUGCAAACAGCCAUCUACUUGGAAGGUGCCUUCCUGUAUUCAGUGGAUUCCGAGGAAUCUAACUCGAAAAGGGAUUAAACCAGUAAUUCGUUCAUCCAUUAACACUUGGAUAGCUUUCCUUCUCCUCAUAGCCAACCAUACCAACAAGUCUUUUGGUAUGGCUAGUUUCUUCGCCGUUAUUACUUCGAUGCUGGUACCUGCUAUGGAACCAAUAGCUCCUAUGUUGUGGAAGUGUGCCUUUCAGUUCUUGUUACUAUUUACUACUUAUGCUUGGACCGUAUUAGCAUCUAAACUUGCUGCCGUCUCUCGUGGCUCUCCUUCCAAAGAAAAAUGUCUGCAAGAUGCCAUUGCUGAUGGAUUUCGUUGUAGUAAUCCUAGCCAAGGAACCCAAGGGUGCUUAACCGAAGCAAUCUUUCAAAGUUAUUUUGUCCGGCCCUUACCUUCAAUCAUUUGGGCUCUUUUCGAAUUUGUCGCUUGUGCAGUGCUAAUUCGUAUCAAAAUGAAGUAUAAACCUUUAAACUUCCCAUGCGUUUUUGGAAUCAUAUGUGCUGCAGUAAGUGCAAACUAUGGACCAAUGUAUCCCUACUUUUAUCCUAGGGUUGGUCUAUUUUUUAUUAUACCUAAUUGUGUACAAACCGCCAUCACUGUUGGCUGUACACUCUUUAUACUUCCUGAGACAUGCAAUUUUUCAUAUAAUUCUAUGUUGUGUAGUGUCACAGAGAAUACAAGGAAACUCAUGCAGAAACAAGUAGAAAUGUUAUCGCAUUCACCUACUUAUGAGGGUUGGAAAUCUUAUGCUUCUACUUUGGAAAAGGAUAUUGCUGAUUUGAAAGGCCUAUUAACUAAAAUGAAGUCAAAUGAGGUCUUCUUGGAUACUGAAUUUUCUUAUGGCCGUUUGAAGGGUCAAGAUUUGGUAUCAUUGCAAAGACUUUUUAGAAAAACGAUUCUCCGUGUUUCUGCUUUUUCUUAUUUCUGUAAACUUAUUGAUCAUAAUAUGCAAAUUUAUGACGAUGAAAUUAUGGAGCAAGCUGAGAAAGCCACCCUGCAUUCUAGAGUUGGGACACCCGCGCCUUCUAUGCGAUCUGCCUCGCCAAAUCGGGUUCCAUUUGAAGGAGAUCAGCUUCGAUCUCCCUCUCACUCUCGUACAGCUUCAAAUCAGACGGAACAAGAAAGAGGCCGAAUUGCAUCAACGAGUCAGUUAGCAGUACCCACAGACGAUAAUAUGAGGACAGCCGAAUCUGCUGGUCUGAACGAUCCCUCGUCAACAUCAUUAAGUGAUGGUAAUGCUCUUCAACCCCAUAAACGAACUCAUUCUUCAAUAACUAUAGCCGAUGACAAUCUUCCAAGUCACCGUAGGAAUCGCCAAGGUUCGAUAGGGUCUAAAAGUCACCGUAGUCGUAGUCGUUUGAGAGGAACAAUUGGGAAGAUUUACAACCAAACUAAAAAAUCAUAUAAACCAGUAGGAAUGUUAGAAGCUCAGCAUUACCUGGCUUUGGAAAAUCGGCUACCGUAUAAUCGUCCUCAGUUCCUUGACUCAUUGCUCUCCGUCUUAAAGUCAUCAUCUGCGGAUUUGUUUGACCAAACUAUAUAUGCUUUGGAUGCGUUAAAUGCCUGGCUAAACGAAGCUAAUCAUGAUCGAUUUAAGCAUCUUUUUUCUAAAAAAAAUCAGGAAGAAGCUAGCAAAAGCCGUCUUCAACUUAUCAAGUUACACUAUGAUCAUUUAUCUGAGGUGCUUUCUGACUUUGAAAAAGAGAAAUGCUUUGAAGCUAGAAAGCCUUACGAGCCACUAUUCCAAAAUAAAGAUGCGAAGCCUUUCUAUAUGCAUUCGUUAAGAUCGUUAUUUGUGGUUUAUUACUAUGAAUCUCAUUUGAUGCAGGCUGUGCGGAGCGUUUUGCAGAUUUUAAGUACAGUCAUUGAAUUGGAAGAAAAGCGUACGCGUCGGCGUUUGUGGUGGCCCUUGAGGACUCUUAGAGCUAAUCUGUACUCUCAGCUAUCCGGACAUGAUGAUUUUCAUGACGAUGUCGAAGAUGUUGAAAAGCGCAUGGGGGAGUCAAGCACUCAAGCUCGUAAUCCAGAUGCUGACAGCCCGUCUAAUUUGUAUCAUGUCAUAGGAUUACAUACAAUGCGUCUGUUGAAAUCUGUGUUUAGACCAAUGAACGUAUUCGUUUUGAAGGUUGGAGCGUUAGCGGUAAUAUGUACAAUCCCGGCUUUUGUUAGAAGCUCGGCUCGUUGGUACUACUUUAAUAGAGGAUUAUGGGCUGUCAUUUUGGCUACAAUGAGUUUGCAACGUUAUACUGCUGAUACCGUUUAUGGCUACCUCAUGAGAGUUUUCGGUACUUUUUUUGGUACUGUCGUAGGUAUGGUCAUAUGGUAUACAGGGAACGGACACGGUUAUGGGAAUGCAUACGGGUUAGCUGUGGUUUUAGCAGUCGCUCUCCCUUUUGUGUUGUUUGUUAGAGUCCAUUUGGUAAUCCUAACCCCAAUGCCGUCGGUUAUUUUUUCAGUUACAGUAGCUCUGGUUGUUAGCUAUUCAUGGAAAGCUCAUCAUGUUCCUGGUAUUGUAACGUUCGGAGUUGGUUGGGAUGUUGCAUACCGUAGGUUUCUGGUUGUUAUGGCUGGGAUUACAGCUGCCUUCAUUUUUUCAUUCUUGCCUAGACCAUUUACUGCUAGAUAUGCCGUUCGAAAAAGCAUAGGAAAUAGUCUUAUUGAACUUGGAGCACUUCAUUGUGAUAUUUCAAAUUUCUCGCGAAGAGCUAACCAUGAGCAUAUUGACACAGAAAUCCAAAGCAAUAUCUUAAGUUUAACUCAGACAGUUCAAGGUCUGAAAGACAGACUGUCUAUGGUGAGUUAUGAGCCAUCUGUAGUAGGUAAAUGGCCAAUGGAGAAAUAUGAGGCUCUCUGUGAAACAGAACUAACGUUGCUGAAUUUAUUAAAUUCUUUAAUGAUGACCUUUACCACCCUUGACGGCGAUUGGAUGUAUGCCUUGUUACGAAGAAUUGGUUGGUUUGAUCACAAGUUUAUAGCUGAUCAAAUGGCUGUUCUUUACAUGUCAUCAAAUGCCCUCCAAACCGGUAAUCCUUUACCUCAAAUUGUUCCUGCUCCUUUAGUAGAUCGCUUUUUCAGUAAAAGUGGCGAUGUAUUCUUGCCUCCUGUUUUCAGCGAUACCCAGUUUCAGGAGCAGAAGGGACUAAGUUAUGAAAUGUUGAGUAAUAUGAACUACCUUAAUUUUGCUGUCGGUUGUACAAUUGCUUAUGCAAUUGUCAAUCAGAUUGAUCGCAUUAUGUUUGUUACGAAAUCUUUAUGUGGUGAAAUAUACGAUAUGGAUGAAUGGCCUUUUCUAAUGGAAGACGAGUACGGCUUCUUAAAGAAAGAACCGGAUGUCGCCGAAGAGCAACGAACAUUACAUGAUAUGAUUUGAUGCAGGUUGAUUUUUCAUGUUUCCUGAAAAGAUAUUAUCUUGUAAAUUUAUCUCUAGGUUAAGUAGUGUCUUUUUUGGAUGAACAAAAAAUGUUAUGAAUUUUCUCUCGUUUUUCAAGUUUACA